CAGGUUUCCACCGAGAUUUCGACCGGCGGCCGCCUGAGGCUGAUGGCUGAUACCGACAUGGUCUAGCGUGCGGCCGCUGGUGCCUGUCUUUGUCCUGUAAAUUACCGCAGAGGGACUAGACUGGAUCAAACAUCUCUAUUGUUUGGGAACAAACUUCCCUCCGCUUCCAGACCCAGAGACAUCGCCUCGAUGCAUACUCCUGUAUUACCCUGUGCCAACCCACGGAGAACUCCUGCUUCUCAACUUAUAUUCCUCUCUUGUGACGGAGAUAACAUGAUCCGCCGGGCCUCCAGCGUCAGCAAAGGACGCUUCAAAAGGUAUUUAAGAUGGCGACAUGUCGCGGUGUGACGAGGCAUCUGUCCCUCCAUCCAUCGCAGCAACUUGUUUCCAGCGAACUGUGUGCCCACUGCUAUCGUGUAAAUCCUUCUCCCGCCUCUACUUCAGAAGACGUGACUUGGCUACUCCAUUGUUGUACCACAUUGGACUACUCGCACAACCAACAUGAAGGACUUUAACCAUGACAGCACCGGCGAGGAAGUCGUCAACGAAUUCGUCGACCGAGUCCAAGGCAAGACAAUCGUCAUCACCGGAGCCAGCGUCAACGGCCUAGGUGCCGAAACAGCAAUAUCUCUAGCCCACGGCAAUCCAGCGCACCUGAUCCUCCUAGCACGCUCUCAAUCACGCGUCGACCCCGUCAUCAGCAAGAUCGCCGAAAUCAACCCGAAAAUCAAAGCAACCUUCGUCCCCGUCUCACUAGACGACUUCGACUCGGCCCGCACGGCCGCGCAGACCAUCAGCAAUGCCGUGGACAAGAUCGACAUCCUAAUCAACAACGCGGGCGUCAUGGCAUUGAACGAAUACACUACCAACAAGAACGGAAUCGAAUCUCAACUCGCAACCAACCAUUUAGGUCACUUCAUAUUCACCAAGUACCUUUUGCCCAAGAUCUUGGCUGCCGGACCGGGUGCCAGGAUCGUCAACCUGUCCAGCCUAGGCCACACGUUAAGUCCCUUCCGCUUCGACGACUACAACUUCUCCAACGGGGCAACAUACGACCCGUGGACAGCCUACGGACAGUCCAAAACGGCCAAUAUUUUGUUUUCUGUGUCUUUGGCCGACAAAUUGCGCGACAAAAACGUCGCCGUCUAUGCCGUCCACCCGGGCAACAUCUAUACUACGAACCUGGGUGCGCAUCUGCAAGGUGAUUUCGUCGCUUUGAUCGAUCAGCUCAAGGAUAUCAGUAAGAAGAAUACCGGCCGUGAGUUUCCUAUCAAUACGGAGACACCCAAAUCACCGGAGCAGGGGGUGUCGACUACUCUUGUUGCCGCGCUCGAUCCGAGAAUUGAGGACAAGUCUGGUAGUUAUCUGGUUGAUGGGAAUGUUGUCGAGCCUUAUGAAUAUGCUAGUGAUAAGGAGAAUGCCGAGAGGUUGUGGAAGUUGAGUGAACAGCUUGUGGGGGAGAAGUUUGAGAUCUAAAUGAUGGUCGAUAAGGUAUACUGGGUAGGUAGUAAGCUCUAACCGAGUAAAAGGCUGGGACUUGACCUCUGAGGGGCAGAGCCAGAAAGGAAGAGGAUCUCUCCUUUGAAAUAAAUCUGUUUUGAGCGUCUUCUCAUUUUGUCGAUUAGUGUCCGAAUGUCACUUGGUACGGUGCCUACAGAUCCAGAGGAUGGAUCGGGCUAUCUUCCCACAAGAGAGCACAGUGAACGGGUGUGGUCUAUAUACUCAGAUAUCCUUGUCCAUCUUUCCUCCUG